AUGUCGGACUUGAUUGGAAGUGCAGCUCUUCUCUCGAAGAUUGACCAGCUUCGAGAGCUCAACGUUGGCUCUAUGGUCCCCCUCCCCCAGAUGGUUGUCGUCGGAGACCAGAGCUCGGGAAAAUCCUCUCUUCUCGAGUCCCUGACCAACAUUCCCUUCCCAACCGACGCUGAGCUCUGCACUCGCUACGCUACCCAGAUCACCUCUCGCAGGGACGAUGAGUCUCGUGUCGAUAUUAGCCUGCUUCCGGGUCCUAGUGCUACUAUCGAGCGGAAGAAGAAACUUGCCGAGUUCAAGCGUCCCUCUCUGACUCCUGAAGAGUUUCGCGCCAAGUUCCCUGAGCUUUUGAGAGAGGUCAACGCUUGUCUCGGAAUUCGGACUGACAUCAACAAUGAGAGCAACUCUACUGGCACGGUGUUCACUGAUGAUGUUCUCAAAAUUGAAAUCCGUAGCCCCAAGGAGGACUAUCUUACGAUCAUCGAUGUUCCCGGCAUCUUCCGAAACCCUCAGGGCGUUACCACUAAAAGCGACAUAGAAAUGGUCCGCAAAAUGGUAGAGAACUACAUCAAAGAUCGCCGCACCAUCAUUCUUGCUGUCCUCCCCAGCAACGUCGAUAUUGCCACACAAGAAAUCCUCUCCCUCGCCGAGGAUCACGACCCCAAGGGCGAGCGCACUCUCGGUGUUCUGACCAAGCCUGACAUCGUCAAGGAGCGUAGCGGAAAGAACGUCGUCUGCAACCUCGUUCUGGGCAAGAAAAAGCCCCUCACCCUCGGUUACUACGUUGUUUGCAACCGCGGGGCCGAUGAUGACGAUGUAUAUAAGACUCCUGAACAGCGGGAGCUCAUGUUCAAUGAAGCUCCCUGGAACACGCUGCCUAGAGAGCGUGUUGGUAUCGCGGCCCUCAAGGCUCAGCUGACGCAGCUUCUGAGCGAAAUCACUAAGCGAGAGUUUAUCCCACUCCGUCAGGAGGUUAUCGAGCUGCAGAGAAAGAACGAGCACGAUCUCGGUGCUCUCGGAUCACCUCGUGAGACCGAAACAGAACAGAGGACCUAUUUGAGCUCGAUUGCCGGCAAGUUCCAGACGCUUCUCACCUCGGCCGUCAUGGGACACUAUGUCCAGGACGAUGCUUUCGACAAGAACCCGGAGUUGAGGCUGAGCACGAUCAUUGUUAAUCGGGCCGACGAUCUCGUCACCGAAUUUGGUGAAAAGGGCCACGAGUGGAAGUUUGCGACGAAAAAGAAUCAGACAAAACUGGAGGACGUCAAGGAAAGUAGUGCUUCGCUUGUGGCGGCUAUGAUUCCCCAGGAUUUAAAUGGAGUCAUCGGCAGUGACUUCAGUGUUAUCUCCAACAGUUCUGAAGAUACAAACGCUUCGUCUUUCCUCGAAGACGAUGGCCUGUCCGAUUUUCUCCACUCUCUUCCCGAUUUCAACAACCCUCAGAUCGGUAUUGAGGACUGGAUCAAAGACAUCUACAAGCGUAACCGCGGUCCUGAGCUCUGCUCUUUUGGAGGCUCCAUCCUCUGCAGUGCUUUCAAGGAGCAGUCUAGCCGCUGGGAGGACUUUGCCAAGGCCUACGUCAGCGACUGCAUCGGAGCCAUCCACGCCUUCAUCCGCCGCGCCCUCAAUCUCCUGUGCCCUAGUGGAUUGGACGAUGAGAUCUGGUCUUUCCUCGCCGAUGAAGUCAUCGAACGCUACAAGGCCAGUCUUGAAAAGGCAGUAUUUCUGACAAAUGUCGAGCGGAACCUGAAACCUUACACGCUCAACCACGACUAUAGCAGCGAGGUCAACAAAGCCCGAUCCAUUCGUCUGGGCGAGGCGCUCCGGUCUAGAAGUAGGGCGUCGCCGCAUUCCGAGAACGUGAUCACGAUCGACCUCAGCUCGAUCGACCAGUUCAGCGAUCAAAAGGCCAGCAUCGACCAUUUCAAAGACGAGAUUCACGACGCUCUGGAAUCAUACUACAAGGUCGCUGCCGAGAGGUUUCUGGACAAUCUCUACAUGCAGGCCGUCGACUACUGCCUCAUGAACGGCAACGAUACACCCCUCAAGGUGUUUAGCCAGGAAUGGGUCAUCGGUCUGAGCUCGGACCAGCUCGAGAUGCUUGUUGGGGAUUCGCACAAGACUCGGGCGCAGAGGGAUACGCUCAAGAGGAGGCGGGAGGAUCUGGCCAAGGCUAUGAAGAUUUUGAGGGGUUGA